GAAUAUAAUAGAGAAGUGCAUAAUAGACAUAUUAACGUCAAAAACACAGUUUAACUCAAUAGUAACUGUGAUUAACACUGACGCUGUAUCGAACAGAUUACUUCAGCAGAUCCAUUCAAGUAAUAAUGUUAAUAUCUGCAUUAAAGACGUAAAUGUAUCCAUCAUAGUGAUACCUACAAUUUACUUAAUACAUGUCAAUAAUGGGAUUGAAUUUGAAGAUCUUCUUGACGAUCUCGACAGAGAUUGGUAUCGCGAACCUGAAGCUUUAUUCAUCGUAAUAGUGAAAAGUAUGCAUGAAGAAUAUAAAGAUUUUCUUGCAGCAGUAUUCAGAUCGUUAUGGGAGUAUCAUUUAAUACACGUGCUUGUAAUCGUUGAGAACUUGGACAAUGAUGCAUCAGUGUACACUUACUUCCCUUAUGCAGAAGGCCGGUGUGGUCGAGACUACAGCACUCUGGUCCAUCUGUGCGACUGCAGAAGUGUAGGAGAAGUAGACGUCGUUGGAAAACUACGCGAAUAUGAUAGACCUAUUUUGGACAACUGUACAUUAAACGUCGCAGCCCGUCAUUAUCCUCCUUUAGUCUUCUGCAGUCCUGAGACAGAGGAUAAGCGAAAUGUUGGCAUCGAACGAUUUCUCAUUGAACUCCUACUAGAAAGAAGGAAUAUUUCCUUGAAUUACACGUGUUUGCUUGAGACAGAAGAGGCUGGAUCUAUUUCAGAUAAUUUUACAUUCAGUGGUAUCGUAGGUAAACUUUACGAGAAUGAGUUCGACUUGAUAUUUGGUGGAUUAAGUUUGAACAAUAGACGAGUAAAUUUCUUUGACUACUUGUGUUUUCAUUUGGCAUAUGAAGAUAUGUAUGUUGCCGUGACGCACACAGCGUCUUUAAUUGAACGAUGGAAAAUUGUUUACUUGAUGUUUCAUGCUAAUGUUUGGUUGCUGUUAUUGUUCACAAUGGUGUUUUGUGCAAUACUGCUUUCAGAUUUUGGGAAUUUCUUGAUAAUUCAAGCAAGACAUGCCACAAUAACGGAAUUUUUUAAUCUUUUUGGGCAUGCUAUUCAGAAUGUAAAUUUAGUUCUGAGAGAAAAACUUUACAAAAAUGUUGUAAUAAUAUAUUGGCUGUGGUUUAUUUUUUUGAUAAACUGUUUUUAUCAGACAAGGCUGUUAAGUUUUACGAUAUAUCCCUUGCGUAAGCCGCAAUUAGACCGGUACUUAUCUUUGUACGACUACAAUUUAACUGCGUGUAUCCCAUUUGACGUAGCAUCAUUUUUGGAAAUUUCCGGUAAAGUACAUAUUAUAAAUGAAGAACUUAGGGAUACGAACAAUUGUAAAACUGCUGAAAUGGCCUUGGAUGAAGUAGCAAAGAAUAAAAAUAUAUACACAGUGGCUAUGUAUUUUCAGUAUCUUUGGUGGCUUAGAAAUAAUCCGAAGGAAAAAGAGCGAGUUCAUCUCAUGAAGGAGAGUGUUUACAAUAAUAUUUAUGGGUUGUUUUUUAAGCGCGGUUUUCCUCUGCUGGAGCCGUUGAACUCGCUGAUGUUGCGUCUGCCGGAACACGGGUUCGUACGCGGCUCCAAGGACCUCCACGGUCUGCCGCGGCUAAAACCAGCUGGCCGUGAGACUACUUCGGUUAAAUUACUCAAAACCCCUUUAAAACUGGAGGAUUUUCCCAUCGCUUUCGGCAUCCUCGCAACUGGUAUGGCUUUCUCGUUUAUAGCAUUUAUAAAAGAAAUCACGCACAAACGUGAUAUUGGUAGCUACCUUGAUGUGGUUUUAAAAUGAUUGUUUACCGUGAACCGGGGUGAAUAGAGAUGGUGGGAUAGAGACAAAAAUCGGGGAUAACAUUUACCUGAUAAUUUCUUAACUAACCACACUAAUUUUAUCAUGAAAAUCUACUAUUAUUUGUAAUCUCAUCGCAUGAUAUAUUAUUACAUUAAUGUGGGUAGUUUUUAAGAAAUUAUUCCAGAUUUUAUCCCUAUUCAACCCUAUUUAUUUGAUUAACAACUUAAAUAAUUUAAAAAAAAUGUUAGAAUAAAGAAGUGUUUGAAGAAUGUUGUUUUAUUUUCUACAUAUAGUAAUUAACGUCAAAUGUGUGUAGGUUGCAGGGCAUGUCAAAGAAUUAUUUAUUAUUUAUUUAUUUAUUUUUAGCCUCGGUGAAGUAAGUAACAACUGUUGAAGUUUAGGUACUAAGUCAAGUUUGGUAUCAUUUUCAACUACAUCAAAGAUGUAGAC